UCUUCACGGUGAAGGAGGGGGGUGUGGAGGGGCAAAAUGGCGGCGGGCGGGAGGCACUGAGGCGGGCGCUGACGGGACUCCGUGUCAGGGCCCGGCUCCGCCUCGGGCUCAGCGCAGCUUCCCGCGUAUGGCGUCGGCUCCCCGCGGCGGCAUCUCCCCGCCCCCGGGUGGUGGAUGUGCUGUGCCCUGAGUGAAUUCAGCUGCUGUGGGGAGCUCCCACCUGGACAACACGAGGCUGCAGCCAUGGAGGUGCUGCCCGAGCUCUACAGCAUCUUCCAGGGAGAGGUUGCUGCUGUGACAGAAUAUGGGGCCUUCAUCAAAAUCCCAGGCUGCAGGAAACAAGGCCUUGUCCACAGGACCCACAUGUCCUCCUGCCGCGUGGAUAAGCCCUCGGAGAUAGUGGAUGUUGGAGACAAAGUGUGGGUGAAGCUCAUUGGGAAAGAGGUGAAGGAUGACAAGCUGAAGCUUUCCCUCUCCAUGAAGGUUGUUAACCAAGGCACAGGAAAAGACCUCGAUCCAAACAAUGUUUCCCUUGAUCAGGAUGAGAGGAAAAGACGCACGUUCAGAGACUACACGAGUCAGAAGAUCACACUUGAAGCUGUCCUCAACACUGUGUGCAAGAAGUGUGGGUGCAAAGGUCAUUUUGCCAAGGAGUGUUUUGUGCAGCCUGGAGGUACCAAAUACAGCCUCAUUCCAGAAGAGGAAGAAGAGGAAGUGGCAGCAGGAGGACAUGAAAGACACAAAAAGACCAGCCUGGCUGAUGAGCCUUCAAAGAAAAGGAAAAAGGAGAAGAAGAAGAGGAAGAAGCACAAGCAUCAGCCCUCCUCUUCCUCCUCCUCCUCCGAGUCGGCCUCGGACAGCUCAGACUCGGACAGCGACGGGGCUCAACCAGCCAGCAAGAAGAACAAGCACUCGGCGAAGGGCAGCAAGGCCCAGAAGAAGAAGAAGAAGAAGCAGAAGAAGCAUAAGAAGAAGCCCUGAGGCUGAGCAGGCUGGUGGUGGGGUACCAGCGGUGUGAGCCCCUGCUGUGCACCACGAGGAGUGAGCAGAGCUGAACAGCACAGCCACCCUUAAACAGCCUUUCAUCCGCUUUGGGAUGCUCUGCCCCAUGCCUUUCCAGUGGGAGGUGUGUUCCACAGCACCCACCUCGGAGUAAUCUCCACCUGGGAGCUCUGGGUGUGUAACUCUGGGUGUGCAGUGGGGCAGGGUUGAGUUGAUCCCAGUCCUGCCCUGUUACUUUAGGUGCAGGAGGCUGUUGUCUCCCAUCCACAGGCUCCAUAUACCCCUUCCUCAGCACCAAUCCUGGCUGCAGCCUCGUAUCCCAUGGGUGCUGCCAGUGCUGGGAGCUCUCUGGAUGUGGGGCCUGCAUGACACCAACCCCUUCAUUGCGUGGGAAAGGUGGAGCAGCUCAGCCAUGCUCUGCCUGCCCAUCCCUGCACCGUGUCCUGUGUCCUCCCAUCCCAGCACCAUAUCCUGUGUCCCCCCAGUGCAGAGCCUCUUGGCUUUUAGGCUUAAACCUUCCCCUUUAUGUUGGCUGCAAACACUGGGAGGGGAAAAGGAAGGAGCAAAGAGGUGAGUGGAGAUAUUUGAAGUAAACAUUAACUGUGGUGUGUUGGCACCGUGGUAAGUGAUGGAAAAUCAACCUCUCCAACCUCCGGCUGCACUUUGUACCUGGUCUUGUCCUUUGUGUGUUCUACGCUUGGUCUUGGGCAGUGAAAGAGUCGGGGUAGGGCUGUGGGAGGGAGUGAGACCUGCAUUAAAGGGGGUGUUUGAAA